CAACCGGCUGCAGCAUGGCCGAGGUUUUGUUGAGUGAGGCAGAGCGUACUUUUAUUAUUCACGGCGUUCAGGAUAAUGUGCGUGCAGAUGGGAGGUGCAGUGAAGAUUACAGACACAUGGAACUGGAGACUGAUGUUGUGUCAAAUUCUAAUGGAUCAGCCAGAAUAAGACUGGCCAAUACUGAUGUUCUUGUUGGCAUCAAGGCAGAGCUCAGCCCUCCAGCACCUGGCAGACUGGAUGAGGGACGACUAGAAUUCUUUGUAGAUUGCUCUGCCAAUGCCACGCCAGAGUUUGAGGGCAGAGGGGGAGAGGACCUGGCCACUGAGAUAGGUAACAUGCUAAGUAGAGCCUAUGACAACCCUCGCUGCCUGGACCUAAGAAGUCUGUGUGUGAUUCCUGGACAACAGUGCUGGGCUUUGUAUAUAGAUGUCUUGCUGUUAGAAUGUGGGGGUAACGUAUUUGAUGUGGCAUCUUUUGCUGUGAAGGCUGCUUUACAUAAUGCAAAACUCCCAGUGGUGACUGUCAGUGAAGAGGAAGGCGGGGAGAUGAAUCUCGAGUUGUCUGAUGAUCCGUUUGACUGUAAGAGGUUGGAUAUUUCACACACACCAUGUUUGGUCACAGUCAGCAAGAUUGGGCACAACCAUGUGGUGGAUGCGACGCUAGAGGAGGAAGCUUGCUGCUUGGCCAGGUUGAUGUUAGGUAUAACAACAGAAGGAACCCUAACCGCCAUGAAGAAGGAAGGCUCUGGAAGUCUGGACCCUGACAGUGUGUAUGAAAUGAUGGAGUCUGGUAAAAAAGUCGGACAGGCCAUCAAUGUUGCUCUUUUACAAAAGCUUACAGAAGAAGAAAAACUGGGACUUACAAAAAGACAAAAGGGGUUUCUACGAUAGACAAUUACUUUCAUCAGCAAAAAUAUUUUUUUCUCACUGUUAGCUUUUAUUCAACUCAGUCCGAGGCCUUCUUCAGACUGAUGUGAGUAGUUGUUGUUACUCACUGAUUGCUAGCUAUAGGUGAAUUAGCAACCAGAACCAAAUACUCUUAAUUUUUUUACAAUUACUUUCCAACAGUUACUUUUAUUUGCCAUCAAAAGAUGCUGGUGUUAAGCUGGAUGUUUGUCUUGGAUCAAGAGCGCCUUCUGCUCUCAAACAGAUAAAGAAGCCAUUCAUAAAUAUGCUGUAUCAACCACAACUGGAGUGAAUCACAGUUUCCUUGUGAAUUUUUAUUUCCUGAGAUGGGUAUUGUCUUUCACUGAUUAAAUUCAGAAACCAAUUUUAUAAGCUUUUAUUGAAUUCCUCAUUAUCAUAGCCAUAAUGAUAUCUUGGAAGCAAACAGAUUUUCGAUAUAUUGUAAUUUUAUCACCAUUGUUUAGUCAGAACAGUCCACAUGGGUUUCUCUGUGCAUGGUCCUGUAUAGAAACUGCUAUCUGCUGGCUCAGAUAGCAAGGCACAUUGGCUCUCCUGGGUGUGCUUUAGGGCACGGUAUGGAUUGACAUUUAAUCUGCCAACUGGGAGGAGUAGGCUUCACGCCUUCACUACAUCAAACCUCUUACAUAUUAGAGGCAGCAGAAUAAGUAAAGUAAACGAUGCAUGGUGGUAUAAUGAUUAGGUUUAAAACUUAAACUCGAAAAUACAUAAAAAAUUAAGGGGUAAAGACCACAGGUGGAAAGUCGAUUAACAUGGAAUUGUUAGGUUUGGUUAUAUUUCCAAGUUAUCAACACAUCAAAAACUGCUGGUCAGUUAUUUGUACAUUCAUAUGAUUUCAGAAAUAAAGUU